AUGUUAAAUUAUAAAAAGUAUAUUUUUUUUUAUAAUAAUAAUAUUAAUAAAAAUAAUAUUUAUUAUUAUUUAGUUUUAGAUAAAAAAUUUUUUAAUUAUAUAUAUGUAAUAUAUAAUAAAAAAAAUAAAAAUAUUAUUAAUUAUAUAUAUAUAUUAAAUUAUAUUUAUAUAUUAUUUUUUAAUAAUAAUUUAUUUUAUUUAUUAAAUAAAACAUAUAAAUAUAAUUUUUAUAAUAUUUAUUUUAUUAAUAAUAAUAUAUUUAAAUUAAUUUUAACUAUUAUUGGUAUAAAUUAUAAAUUUUAUUAUUUAAAAAAAUAUAAUAUUUUAAUUUUUAAAUUAAAAUAUAAUCAUAAAAUUAUAAUUAAAUUGCCUAAUAUAGUAUUAUGUAAUAUUUAUAUUAAUAAGAAUAUAAUUGAAUUGUGUAGUUAUAAUUUAUUUAUAUUAAAUUCUAUAGGUAAAUUAAUAAAUUCUUUUCAAUUUAUAAAUAAAUAUAAAGAAUUAGGUAUUAAAUUAAAUAAAUAA